AUGGGCCCGGCGCGCGCGGACGCGGGCUUCAAGCGCCACCCCGAGGAGUUCCCCGUGCCGGACCCGAAGGACGCGUCGACGCCCGACGCCUGGGUGAAGCGGAACCCCGCGCUCGUGCGCCUCACGGGCCGCCACCCGUUCAACGUCGAGCCGCCCCUCCCGCUCCUCGAGGCGCACGGCCACUCGACGCCCGCGAGCCUCCACUACGUGCGGAACCACGGCGCCGUGCCCGUGGCCUACGGUAGCGCGGCCGAGGCCGACGCCGUCUACGACGGCUGGCGCUGCGAGGUCCUCGCCGGCGGCGGCGUCGAGGCGAAGUCGCUCUCGAUGGCGGACCUCGAAAAGUUCCCCAAGGUCGUCGUGCCGUCGCUCCUCGUCUGCGCGGGGAACCGGCGCAAGGAGCAGAACAUGAUCAAGCGCACCAUCGGCUUCAACUGGGGCGCCGCGGGCCUCGGCAUGUCCGAGUGGGGCGGCUGCCACCUCGCGGACGUGCUCGCGUCGCUCGGCGCGCCGACGGACCCCGCGGCCUGGGACGGCGGCGGCCACGUCUGCUUCCGGGGCCCGGACAAGGAGCUGCCCGGCGGCGCCGACGGGUCCUACGGCACGUCGCUCACGCUCCGCUACGUCAUGGACAAGUCGAACGACGUCAUCCUCGCGUGGGACUGUCAGAACGGCGCGCGGCUCCAGGCGGACCACGGCUUCCCGCUGCGCAUCCUCAUCCCGGGCUUCAUCGGCGGCCGCAUGGUCAAGUGGCUCAAGGAGAUCAAGAUCUCGCCCGAGCAGAGCGACAACCACUACCACUUCAAGGACAACCGCGUGCUGCCCGUGAACGUGACGCCCGAGCAGGCCGAGGCCGAGGGCUGGUGGUUCAAGCCCGACUACAUCAUCAACGAGCUCAACAUCAACAGCGCCAUGUUCCACCCGGGCCACGGCGAGGUGCUCGAUUUGGCGACCGCGGGGCCGACGUACGACGUCGAGGGCUACGCGUACGGCGGCGGCGGCCGGAAGAUCAUCCGCGUCGAGGUCACGCUCGACGGCGGCGCGUCGUGGUUCCUCGUCAAGGACGGCGACGUCACGCACCCGCCGAACACGCCGAACAAGGCCGGCAAGUACUGGGGCUGGUGCUUCUGGAAGAUCACGGUGCCGACGGCGGACCUCCUCAAGGCGCCGAACGUCGCGUGCCGCGCGUGGGACGCGGCGAUGAACACGCAGCCGUCGAACCUGACGUGGAACGUCAUGGGCAUGCUCAACAACCCCUGGUUCACCGUCGUCAAGCACUUCGACGCGGGCCCCGCGGGCACGCCGGUCCUCGUCUUCGAGCACCCGACGCUCGCGGGCGCGCAGGCCGGCGGCUGGAUGACCGACGACGCGCGGCGCCUCGCCGGCGCGUCGCUCACGCCCGAGUCCGCGGGCGCGGCGGCCAUGCGCGACAUGCACGCGGCGCGCGCGGCCGCCGCCACGGGCGCGCCCCUCGGCAACACCUACACGCUCGCGGACGUCGCCAAGCACGACACGCCCCAGGACUGCUGGAUCGCCGUCAACGGCGUCGUCUACGACACGAACCCCUACCUCGCGGAGCACCCCGGCGGCGCGUCGUCGAUCACGAUGAACGCGGGCACGGACGCGACGGACGAGUUCACGGCCAUCCACAGCCGCAAGGCCUGGACCCUCCUCGACAAGUACGCCAUCGGCACGCUC